AUGGGCUUCAGCGACUGGGCCAAGGAGCGGCUCAUGGCUGCUUUGCCCAAGUGCUACGUGGUCGCGAACAGCGACUUGUGCUCGUCCUCCUCGGGCUUGCGCUACCGCCGAUCUCCUUCCUUCAGCGAUGCUGCGAAGGUGACCAGAUUGAAGCCAGUCCCGUGGGACUCUUUGGUUUGUGGCACGCUGGAAGCCGAUGGCACGUUCUUGAAGCUUGAGGACGGCUACUAUCUGCCAGUCUUCACCCAAAGCGGGAUCCGGGUGCUUCACGAGAUCGAGCGAGAGGAGCCGGCGAAGACAAGGGAGAUGAGAAAGGCGAAGAAGGAACAGGAGGACGAGAGCUUGGGCCUCGUCUUCAGUGGGCCAGGUGCCUUCUACGAGGUGAUGUCGGAGAGGGUGGCCUUCCGAAGUGGCCCAUCUUUCGGCGCCAAAGCCUUAGGUCAGCUUCGGAAGGGCGAAGAGGUGGAACUCUUCGGUUGGGAUGAGUCUGGCUUGUGGCGGGAGUGCGUGGACCAUCGCCUGGCCCGAAGUGGCUUCGUGCUGUUGGACCACCCGGAGUUCGGGCCCCUGCUGCGGCCCAAAGGGGAGCCCCUCUGCAUCCGGCCCUUGAACGUCCUGGCCGUGGCGGCCCAGGAGGGCCGCUACGAGGACUUGGAGCGCUUCCUCGCCGCCAAGGAGCAGGAGAUCGACUUCCAAGAUCCACGGGGCCCGGCCGUGGUGCUGGCAUUAGCGAAGGGCCAGCUGAGGUGCUGCCUGCGGCUGCUCCGCGCCGGCGCCCGGGAGGGCAGCAGCCCCGAGCUCGCGGUGCUCAGGCGCUGCGGCCCGGAGGAGCUCGAGGAGCUCCAGCAGAAAUCCGAGGAGGAGCUGAAGCUCUGGAUCCAGGGGGCUUUGAAGCAGACUGGGCACUCUCCGAGCUUGGGCCCGGACGCCGAGAGGCUCGGGGAAGGCAGAGAGGCCGAGAGCGUUCGGGGAGCCGCUCCGGGAGCCGCUCCGGGAGAGCUCUACGAGGUGGUCUACGACUCCGUGUGGAUUCGACGUGAGCCGGAUGCAAAAGCGGCUCGCGUCAGCAAGCGCAUCAAAGGCCAGCGCCUGCAGAUCCUGGAGUUUGAUGAGACGGGCUUCUGGGGUCGGACAGUCUUCAAGACCAGUGAGGGUAUGGACGAGGGCUGGAUGUUGCUGGCUCACGGCGAGUUUGGUGAGCUAUUGCGACCUGUCCAUGAUGAUGGGCAGGGCUUCGUGGUUCGGCCGCAGUAG